GUCGCGUAUAGUCGAGUCAGUGACGGGUUAAAGCCCAGCCCGAGCUCUAGCCGAGGGAUGCAGGUGGAGGAAAAACGCGCAACAUUUGCGCUCCGAACCUCCAGCAUCACACAUCUGCCUCAGAGCCGGAGCAGACGAAGGAAUAAACCGCCUCACUUUCUCCUUCAUUAAAGUGCGGAUGUCUCUUUAAGCUGCGACGUACAUUUCCACCGAUUCAGAAGGAGCCGCUCAUCUCCAUCAAGUGUGUUUGGAUGCCCGGAGUAACUUGCGCUUUGUGGUGAUGCCGCGUCCUUCCCAAAGAUGCCCGGGCUCUCCUCCGCGCUGCACGGGCAUCACUGGAUAUAAAUGACCGACCCAAGUGUGUGUGUGACUUGAGUGGACCGAACCGAACCACAGGCUGCAUGGGAGAUGAACGCAGCCAAACAUCCCCCUGAUCUGUUAGAGAGACCCGCCAGCCUUCUCGUACCGACAUGGAACACAACAGAAGACAUUUUGAAGAAUGUUGACAAUCAAACAACAUUGAACUCCAUUGACUCCAUUGACAGUGUUUCACUGAGGAAACAGAGUCACACGCAGACAAAAACUGGACUUGCUCUUUUGUUUGAUGAACACACCAGUAACGCCUAUGAUGUUCGUUUAAAGUUAACAAAAGAGUUAUUGAUCAUACAGAAGCAGGACGUGGUUUGUGUUAGUGGUGCUGAAUCACACUUAAAUCACAGAACCGUUGUACUUCGAAGGCAGCUGACUGGAGGUCUCGGCUUGAGUAUCAAAGGGGGGGCGGAACAUAAAGUGCCUGUGGUCAUCUCAAAGAUUUUCAAAGAUCAAGUAGCUAAUCAGACUGGGAUGCUGUUCAUCGGUGACGCUGUGCUGCAGGUCAAUGGGAUAAAUGUGGAGAAAUGCACCCAUGAGGAAGUUGUUCAUCUUCUGAGAACGGCUGGAGAUGAAGUCACCAUCACUGUUCGCUACCUCAGGGAAGCGCCGGCCUUUUUAAAGCUUCCUUUAGGUUCCCCCGGACCCUCCAGUGAUCAGAGCAGCAGAGCGUCCUCGCCGCUUUUUGACAGCGGAUUGCAUUUGAAUGGCAACUCCAGCAACACGGCCCCGUCGUCGCCCUGUUCACCUUCGGAUAAUGAACCAAAGUAUGAGAAGCACUGGCUGGAUGCCGUCACCCUCCCUCUGUUCAUGGCCCGAAUCUCCAGGCGCAAAGCCGGAAGCGACAAAUUACGAUGGAGCAGUUUUGAGGUCAUUGCUUUAGAUGGAGUUUGUACACACAUUCUGCAGUUUUGCACGGCAGCAGAAAGCGCAGACUGGCUUCAAGCAAUAUCAGCCAACAUCAACGAUUUAACCCACGAGAGCAUUAAAACGACAAACAAAUACUGUUCUCCAGAUGAGCAGAUCCUUCACAUGGGUUGGGUGUGAGAGCAUCUGCAGGCGAGCGAUGUGGAGGCCGUCCACAGAUGCAGGUUCAUGGCGUUGAGAGCCGGUUCUCUGCUCAUCUUCAGGAGUCCUCCUAUCACGGCGUCAGAUUGGACGGAAGCUGAGGCUCGAUUUCACCUCUGUGAGGUUCUGUUUAAAGUUCAUAAGUUGUGGAUAGCUGAAGACUGCUGGAUCCACACGCAGAAGCUUAGUUCAGGUGAACUGCGGGACAGUGAGCCCUUCUGCUUCAGUGUUCAUGUGGGUCACGGUCAGAGUCUGUGUUUCAGCGUGGAGUUGGGUUCAGAUCUGGUGUUCUGGGAGAAAGCCUUUCAGAGAGCCGUGUUCAUGGAGGUCCAGAGAGUACAGUCUAAGAGUUACACGUGCAGCAGUCAGGGGAGGAUUCUGUGCUUUACAAUCCACUUUCAGUCGGGUUUUUCCUGCUCCGACAACAUUUCAGCGAGAACCAUUUGGAAAUACAAAUUCUCCCAGCUGAAAGGUUCCUCGGAUGACGGAAAAACACGAGUCAAACUUUUGUUCCAGAAUUCUGAAAACAAACAGAUUGAAAUGAAGGAGUUGGAGUUUGCUAACCUGACGGCCGUCCUGCACUGCAUUCACUCGUUCAUCGCUGCUAAAGUGGCCACGGUGGAUCCGGUGUUCAUCAACAGUCAAAGCAUCACACAGAAAUACAUCAACAACAGCUAGAACAUCAUGACCGUCUCGUCUGGUUUAGGCACAAUAUCAACGCAUAUAUCUAGUUCUUGUUAUUUUUGUAUGAAUCUCAGAAUGACGAAUGUUUUGACAUGCAGCGACUUUUGAUGAUGUGUUGAAGGGAACUCAUAUCGAUUGUGUAGCAAAGCAAAUGUCCAGGCAUUAAUGCAUGCACUGUACGGUUAACCAAUCACAGGCCAAAACGGGUGAAACUUCAAGGAACUUCCAGCUGUAAUAUCAACCAAACUAUUUCUCUAUUGCUCGUUUUAUGUUGUAUCUCAAAACUUCAGUUAGCGCACAACUAAAUGGCAAGCCGUACAUUGUAUUGAUGGUUGUCUCAAUUGUAGCUGUUGAGUUGAGAAGUCUUGCCAACUGCAAUUAUCAGACAAUUCAUUUUCUGUCCAAUUUCAUAAAAUUGCACCUGAUCUUUUCUUUUUGUUUAGUUUGGUGUUACUUCGAUUCUUUUUCAAAUAAAGGAAGCGUUCGUUCA